CAUUCCGGCACAAAAUAAAAGGGUUUUUCGUCAAUACUCUCGUUAGUCAUUUCUCAUCCUUCAUCUAUUUUUCCUCCAUUGUCUAUUUUUGAGAUUUCAUUUCUAGAAGGAACAAAAAACGAAAAUGUUGGAUAUCAAUUUGUUCAGAGAGGAUAAAGGAGGAAAUCCUGAAAUGAUUCGAGAAUCUCAACGUCGACGUUUUGCCGAUGUUGCCAUUGUCGAUGAAAUCAUCCAACUUGAUCAAGAAUGGCGCAAACGUCAAUUUGAGCUUGAGAGUUUACGGAAGGAUUUCAAUCGGAUUAACAAAGAAGUAGCUCGGUUGAAGAUUGCUGGUGAGGAUGCAUCUGAAAUGAUAAAGAGUACUGAGGAGAACAAAAAAUCUAGUGCAGAAAAGGAAGUUGAAGCUCAAGAAGUCAAGGCUUCAUUGUAUGCUAAACUGGAAUUGAUCGGGAAUCUCAUUCAUGAUACAGUUCCUGUUGGCGAUGAUGAGGCUAACAAUGUUGUGAUCAGAACGUGGGGAGAGAGGCGAGUCGAGCCAAAGCUCAAAAAUCACGUUGAGCUUGUCGAGCUGCUUGGGAUAGUUGAUUCAAAGAAAGGAUCCAAUGUUGCUGGUGGUAGAGGGUUUUACUUGAAAGGCGAUGGUGUGCUUCUUAAUCAAGCUUUGAUUAAUUUUGGUCUUGCUUUUUUAUCAUCCAAGGGAUACACACCUUUACAGACCCCAUUUUUCAUGCGAAAAGAUAUCAUGGCAAAAUGUGCACAGUUAGCUCAAUUUGAUGAAGAACUUUACAAGGUAACAGGUGAGGGAGAUGACAAGUAUCUAAUUGCCACUGCUGAGCAACCACUCUGUGCUUUCCACUUAGAUGAUUGGAUUCAUCCUUCACAACUUCCCAUAAGAUAUGCUGGAUACUCUUCAUGCUUUCGGAAAGAGGCAGGUUCUCAUGGACGAGAUACUCUUGGAAUUUUCCGAGUUCAUCAGUUUGAGAAAGUUGAACAAUUUUGCAUCACCAGUCCAAAUGGCAAUGAUUCAUGGGAAAUGCACGAGGAGAUGUUGAAAAACUCAGAAGAGUUUUAUCAAAAGUUGGGUCUCCCCUAUCGGAUAGUGUCCAUUGUUUCUGGUGCCCUGAAUGAUGCUGCAGCAAAGAAGUAUGAUUUGGAAGCUUGGUUCCCUGCAUCGAGCACCUUCAGAGAGUUAGUGUCAUGUUCGAACUGUACAGACUAUCAGUCUAGAAAAUUAGAAAUUCGUUAUGGCCAGAAAAAGAGUAAUGAACAAACGAAGCAAUACGUCCAUCUAUUGAAUUCUACUCUAACAGCAACUGAAAGAACCCUCUGUUGUAUUCUAGAGAAUUAUCAGAAAGAAGACGGUGUUGAAAUUCCUGAAGUUUUAAGACCGUAUGUUCUAGGUAAAACAUUUUUACCUUUCCAGAGCAAACCCGUCUCAGACUCAAAGGGAAAGAAGUCUAAAGUAUAAGCCUUCGUGCAAGUCUGAUUGAUUGAAAACUUUAAAUUACUGGGUUAUGAAAAGUGCGAUCUCAGCAACUUUUGUUCGACUACACGAAGAGGUUUAAGCCGUCAACUUUUUGCUGUUGCUCAAAUAUGUUGUUAGGUUCGUAUUUCGAAUCAAGCUUAUCUAAGAGAUUGUUACAAGUGUAUUGAAAUAGACACACAUUUGUUCUUGUAAUCCUGUUUGGCUAAAUAUAACACCUUUUUCUCUA